UAUUUUCCCCAUUGUGAUCGAGUCUUUAAUGUGUUUCUUGUGUCUUGUAUGUUUCCCAUUUAUUUUGUUAAAUAUUAUGUUAAAAAAGUCGCGUUAAAAUGUUACAACAGCUCGAAAACGUUGAUGAUGUUGAAUGCUCCGAACAUAUUUGUUCGGGAUGUCUCAAUGUUCUCGAUGAUGAGGAGUGCGUUUCCGCCCUUGGACAAGACUGGCACGUUGAUUGCUUUCGGUGCUCAGCUUGCGAUGCUUCUUUAUCCAGUUGGUAUUUUGAGAAAGAUGGGUUAUUAUUUUGCAAGAAUGAUUAUUGGAGUCGAUAUGGUGAAGCUUGCCAACAUUGUAGCCAGAUCAUAACCGGACCUGUUAUGGUCGCUGGAGAACAUAAAUUCCACCCGGAGUGUUUUUGUUGUAGUCUUUGUGGUAUUUUUAUCGGGGAUGGAGAUUCUUAUGCUCUUGUUGAGCGAUCAAAAUUGUAUUGCGGACAAUGUUACAAGAAGCAAAUGCAACCUUUGGAGAAGACGGCGAAAUUCCCGUUUUUCCGAAAACCCCACUCAAUCCGCCUGUUAGAGAUUCCUAAGGGACAAAAAGGGAUCAAAAUUUCCGCGGAUCCAACUUCAGACGUCCACCACAUCAUUUCCGAGUUUAUUUGGAAAUGUAAAGGAAAAAUGCUACGGCUUGCUUUAACGUUCUUAACCUCAAUGCUUAACCCCUGCUGUAACAUAUUACGCUAUUAUAGAUUAAACGUGAAUAAUGAUCUGAUGUCGUUACACAUUGGAGAUAAAAUUUUAGAAAUAAACGGAACCCCCGUAAAAGACACGACGUUAGAAAACGUUGAGAAUUUAUUAAAAUACUCGGAUAAAGUGGUUCAAUUAACGAUUGAGCACGACCCCGAAACAAUUUUAAAAUCGUUUAAUUCGCCUCUUAAUUACAAUCUAACAUCAGCUCCUCCGUUAACGCAAACUCUAAGUGAUACCGAUAUUCCAUUGAAAAAUAAGAACAACUUGGAAUUGAGCCAUUCGAAUCAAUCAAUUGAAGCAACAACCGUUAAAAGUGUUGAAAACGUGAUCGAAACGACUCAAAAAAAAGCCGGAGAUAAGGAGAGGUUGUUCAAACGGAAGGACGAGGGUUAUAUGAGUGGAUAUGUAAGGUCGAGACAGUUAAAAAGGAAAAAUUUGGAGAAAAGACCUUCGUUGGAUAAGGAAAGGAGCUCUUCAAUGAGUCGAUUACUCGACGAAGCUCCAAAUAAUAAGCGUUGCCUUGAAUUGUCUCGGGCUUACUCAUUUUUGGAACCGAAGCCGCAACAAAGGGUUUUUAGGGCGUCGGAUUUAGUGAAAGGUGAACUUUUGGGGCAAGGUUUUUUCGGGCAAGUUUUUAAAGUAACAACGAGGGACACCGCGGAAGUUAUGGUGCUUAAAGAAUUGUAUCGAUUGGAUGAGGAGGCCCAAAAAAACUUUUUGAAAGAAGUUGCUGUUCUAAGGAGUUUAAGUCACAACAAUGUACUCCGUUUUAUCGGGGUUUUGUACAAAGAGCGUCGACUUCAUUUGGUGACUGAGUAUAUCGCCGGUGGAACGUUAACUGAGCUAAUUCAUGACGUUUCGCAACCGUUACCGUGGGAACAGCGGGUUUCUUUCGCGAAAGAUAUCGCUUCUGGGAUGGCUUAUUUGCACUCGAUGAAUAUUAUUCAUCGUGAUUUGAAUUCGCACAACUGUUUAGUUAGAGAGGUAAGUUUUAAAAUUUACUUCGUUAAGCUUAGGCAUUACAAUAAUACUACAUCAACACGAAAACUUAGAAUGUAG